AUGGCUCACCACGAUUGGCGAUUUCCCAAACCAGCCGAGCGAGCCCACCGCCUGAAUCUAAGACUCGGAUGUCACUCCUCCGGGACCCGCCGCCAGCCAAAUGCUCAUUCGCGAAUCGAUCCAGUCUAUCUAAGAUCGUCCACAAUUGCCGUAUUGGAGGACAAGGGGCUCUUGAGAAUUGAUGUCGGAUGA